GCCAGCUGCGGGCGGAGGCGGCUCAGAGACACUCAGCGCAGAGACACGGAGGAGGAGAGAGAUCGGUGAGACCGGGGGAAAUACCGGAGAGAGGGAGUGAGAGCUUGCAGGGAACACACCGGGGCCCGCGGCCGUGCAUGCACCCGGAGAAGCCGUCAGCAGGACAGCCCGGGGAGCGGCGGAUAGACCCCUGGAUACAGUGACAGCGCACCGGGACUCCCUGCCAGCCAGCCACCCCGGGGCUCACCGCACGGCCCGCACCGGGAACCGGCUCACAGCCAGCCCGCACCCCCCGGGGGUAACAGCGCUCACCAAGGCCCCGCGGACAGCCCGGCCCCGGGAUGAUGUGACCAUGCUUACCGUGAGCGGAGCCGGAGCAGCUAUGAGUGGCCGAGAGCAGCCGGAGCCGGCGGGGAGCGAUGUCAGUACUGCAGGCCUUGCUCCCCCCAGCCUGGAAAAUGGAGAAGCUCCUUCUGAGAGGAGACCCCUGCACUCCAAGGAAGCAGAAAGGAGUCGCAGAGUGACCCUGGUUUGCAGACACCCACGGCCAAGGGACACCAAAUACAGUGGGAGGAUCUCAAAACAAGAGAAUUCUUCACUUUCCCACCCAGAGGCCCAUCUUUGCCCACCUCAAGACGAGGACCCACGCUCUCCACGGCAUGAAUCCUGGGGCCGUUCUAGCAAGUCAUUCUGCCGGCAAGCAGGAGGGUCUCCCAGGUUGGGUGUAGAUGGAAUCAUUGCACUACUACAAAGCAAAUGUGGCAACGGACGUGUCAACCUUCAACCAGUUGUGCGGUUGAUGGAUAUCAUGAAGGACCUUAGCCAGCUGUCCAACAAUCUACGAUCCAGUGGGGUGCGUUUGGAUUGUGCACAUGUUACUAGUCCACCAUUAGAGUCAGAAGAUGCAGAGCCCGGAUUGCAGUAUAGUUUCUUCUCUUCUCAAAGCCUUGCUUGUGGCCUGCGAAGCCCUGAGGAAAAAGUCCCUGAAACUAUGGAGAAAGCGGAAAACCCAGUCUCUCCCAACCCAGACUCAAUGGGAUCUGCUAACUCUGAUGUCCUGAGAGAACUUGCAGCACUUGCCUGGAUGGAACCUCAACCUACAGAGAGUGAUAGAAGUAUGGUUGAGAAUAAUGGUAGUAGACAAAGAGGAAAUAGUAAUACACUAGAAGCAGAAGAGUCAGGAGAGGAAGAAGAUAGUAAGCCUGAAGAGGAGUCUGGUGAGGAACAGGAUGAGUGUAAAGAGGAAGAGUCAGGGGAGGAACAAGAGGAAUGUAAACCAGAAGAGGAGUCUGGAGAGGAGCAGGAGAGGAGUAAACGAGAAGAGGAAUCUGGUGAAGAGCAAGAGGAGAGUAAACAAGAGGAAGAUUCAUCAGGUGAAGAACAGGAAGAGCAUAAACGGGAAGAUGAAUCAUCUGGGGAAGAGCAGGAGGAAUGUAAACAAGAAGAGUCCUCCGAUGAUGAGAGGGGAGGAGAGAUAGGAGUUAAAGAGACAGAGUAUAAUCAGGAAAGGCGGAUAGUAGAUAAGCAGAAUGAGAUUGGGGUAUAUCAGAAGCAGGAUGUGACCAUAAAAGAAGGGGGGGCAAGCAGCUUAAUGGAGGAUAGCAAAGAUGAAUCAUCAGAUGAGGAUAGCAGGUUAGACGAAGACAAAUUAAUUAAACCAGAACAGAAGCCAUUGCAGAGGGAACCUGUGUUGGAAUCCCAUAUGGAAGAUGAAAUGCCUUGGACACUACCCAUUUUUUCUCCCUCUUCAGAGACUUUAAGACGCAUGCCCUUCUCCCAGCGUGGGGGCCAUAGGUUUGGGCUUAGAGGUCGUAGGGGAGAUAGGCCUGGAAGAGGGAGACGAAGAAGACCAGGUAGGCCACGAGCAUCCGAAAGUAUGUCCAGGGCAUAUGUCAUGCCCCCAUAUCACCGAACAGCAGAUGAGUCACGAGCCUAUCGACCACAUGAACAUAACACAAUCCUAACACAUGCCACACUAAGCCAGAAAACCCAUGUAGUCAACCCUGUUGUUGAAGAGGGCCCCCCUGCAAAACCAAAACGUCGUGGUGUGCGCAAGAUGGUUGUACGAAUUGCUAGGAUCCCAAUGCCAAUGGGAAGAAGAAACAAAACCAGCUAUAAAGUGUCUUCAUUCAGUAAUAGUGUGAGCGUGGAAGGAGGAGAGUUGGUUGGAGGCUCCGGUCCAGGUCCCACUUCUCUCCUGAAAAUGAAGAACAAUGGGCGUAAUGUUGUUAUGGUAUUUCCACCUGGUGAGCUACCCAUCAUUCUCAAGAGGAGAAGAGGACGUCCCCCAAAAAAUCUAGUUCUGGCCCGAGAUACCCCACCACACCUUCCCCAGCUCCCCCCCAGCGAGCCCAUUGCACCACCUCCUCCUACUCCACAACCCCCACCCACAUUACCAGAAGGAGAGUUGGUGAAAAAGAGGCGGAGAAGAAAGCAGAAGCUACCACCCCCCCAGCCUUCCUAUGUGGCAGAUGCUAAUGAUAGCAAAUCAGAGUACAGUGAUGUGCUGGCAAAACUAGCAUUCCUUAAUAGGCAGAGUCAAGGGACAGGACGCACUUCACCACCAAGAUGUUGGACCCCAACCCUUCCCGAAUCAGUACAUCAAGCUCCUGAAACUAACAGCAUCUCUCAGUAUCUUCACAAAGUCCAGGGCUACCGGAGGCGAGGUGGCCGUGGUGGUGGGCCAGGUCGCAGGGGUGGGUGCAACAGUCACAAUCCAGAACUCUCUCGUUGUUCCUUCAGUGAUUUCUUCGAGGGAAUAGGAAAAAAGAAGUCGAAACCCAGGCCUGUAGACCCCCUAAAGCCACGUAAGCGGAGACAACCACGAGCAGAACCAGACCCCAAUGCUAAACCCAAACGUAAAAGAAGAUCACGGAAAAAUGGUGCUCUACAGGGUGAAAUGGGAGUAGAAAGUGGUUUGGGCUACCAAGGCAUGUCUGACUGGGGAGGUGAAGGCAAAGGAGGACAGUGGCUGUCACAGAUCUCCCAUGGACAAUCAGGUGGAAGACACUGCAGCUACCAAGGUCCUGAACAUAGGGGCUUUUCUGCAAUGCACAGUGGCUCACCAAGCCGUCCAAGCUACUACACAGGAGCUGGAUCUGUUUCACAGACUGAGGGGGGAGGGCAGGAUAGGCAUGGACUUUUUACUGGGUACUUCCGCUCCCUCUUGGAUUCAGAUGACUCUUCAGAUCUUGUAGAUUUCUCUACUGCUGCCCAAAGGCAAGAAUCCCGAAAAUCAGCAUCUGCCUUUUCUGGAUCAUCAGCUAGAGCACUGCAGUCCUAUUCUAGCUCUCGGGGGGCUAAAGCAAGCUCCCAGGAUUCACCAUACCAAAGUUCAACACAGGCCAGGCAACAAUUUCCUCCAAGCAGAGGUACCCCAAACUAUGCGUCAUUGACCCAACAAGAGAGCCGUGGUUCUGAUGCCUUUCAAAAGCUGCUGUCUCGUUCUCCAACCUCACAACCUGCUGGAGGUUUUGGACAAUAUGGAGGCUUUCCUGGAUCUGGUAGUCAGAACAUACCCAGCCAUGGAGUAUUUGCUCCAAACAAACAGUACCCAGCACCUUCAGACUGCGUAGGCAGCAAGGACUGUAGCUUUUCUUUUAGUGGUGGUGGAAAUAGCCUGCCUUCAUCACCAGGUAGCGCACAUAGCAGCACAGGGUUCAAUCAACAGCAACCACAACAGCCGUCAGUGGUGGGUUCAGGGGCCAAUCUGUCCAAAAACCCUUUCUUUAACACCUCUGAAUUGCCUCCUUUCCCACCACUAAGGAGUGAGAGCCGCUCUGGUACAUCUUCACCUGCUGGGUACAUGCUACCUAAAUCUUCUGGACAACUUUUCCCUGGUGAAAAUAACCGGACCUUCCCUGGAUCUACAGGUGCAGGGCAGUGGGGCUUCCGACAGGGCUAUGGGCAAACAGACUGGGGGCCUGACAGCUUUGGCCAACUUUAUGGACCGGGAUUUGACUGUCAUAUGACUGAGCCCAACGUCAUUCUGGAUAUUAGCAACUAUACACCACAGAAAGCCAAGCAGAACACAGACAACUUGUCAGAGUCCUCCUCAGACAGCACGCAGUACACACAACCUGGAGCUGGUUAUCGCAGGGCCAACAGUGAAGCCUCAUCCAGUGAGGGCCAGUCUAGCCUUUCAAGUCUGGAGAAGCUUAUGAUGGAUUGGAAUGAGACCUCAUCUACGCCAGGAUACAGUUGGAAUCAAAGUGUACUCUUCCACCAGACAGCAAAACCUGGCAGAGGUCGCAGGAAGAAAGCUGAUAUCUUUGACUCUUCCCACCAACACCACCAUCAUUUAGGCUUCUCUUCAUCUUCACCAUCCUCCUCUUCCUCUUCUGCUACUGCUCAACCAGCAGUUUUUCCCACCAAAAGAGGCGGUGGCCCCAGGGGGCCCAGGGGAGGAAGAGGUGGAGGCUGUGCUGCUGGCAAGAAAGAAAGAGGAUCAGGCAAGGCCAAGUUUGCUCCAAAGCCUCCUGUGCCACCCCCAUCCUCCUCAGUAAGCUCCCUCUUCCAGGAAACCUCCGAUCUAGGACUGGACUGUUACAGUGGCGAUAGUAGCAUGUCACCUCUGCCCUCCCAUUCUCGAGCGUAUGGUGUGGGUGAGAGGGAGACCCCUUGUGACUUCUCUGGACCUUAUUCCAUGAACCCAUCCACCCCUUCUGAUGGCACUUUUGGCUUCCAGAGUGAUUCACCAGGGCUAUGCCCUCCCACUACAGAGUUGGAACCUGUCAAACACUUCUCUCACCUUCCCACAGCUGGCAACGCCACCACUGGGGCCCCUCAUCCACCACCAGGCUUGGGCUAUGACCAUCCCCUACAGGACUCUCCCUUCUCCCCAAACUGUUCCCCUACACUUGAGUUACGCCCAGGUGAAGGAAGGAAACUAGUACCCCCUCCUCACUCAUCAUGUGAUCCCCUGAAGCACACUCUGCCUCCUCAUUUGCCGUCAUGCCGGGAACAGCUGCCUCCACAACCAUCUACUCACCAUCGUUACGAACUUCCGAGUUGCAAGAAUGCUGGUUACUGGUAUCCACCUCGCAGCCCUCCCUACGAUGGCAAGGGAGGCUUACUCUCAGACUUUAUGGGAAGGAGGGGGGACGGGGCAUCUUGUCUAAGUCCCCACAUCCCCAGCCCCAAAAGAGACAAAGAGACGCUUGAUAUGGUGAGGGGACAUCAUAGAACCCCAUACCCUUGCCCACUGCUCAGCGAUAUUACCCACUCCCCUGUGCAGAGAGACUCUAUGGUGCAGCUCCAGGAGACCUAUCGUUACCCAGCCUUCCCUCCCCAGGGUCCGCCUGUCCUCUCCCCACCCAACUUGAAAGGCGGUUUUCUGGGACCUGAGAAUAUCCCAGAGGAUAACUUCACAGUCACCUCCCUUUAGUGGUGGUGGCAUAUCCAGAGUCGUCAGGAGCAGUGGAGGCCAUGAGGCAAGCUCAUGCCCACCUCCGUAUAUAUUGAAGCCAGAAGAUACGCCGUGGGAUUCCCUCUCUGAGCCUGAAACACCUAAAUCAUGAGUUCUCUCCCUACUUCCUGAGCUCUGGGACACCCCUCCCUCCCAAAUUCCCCCUCAGAAGAAUAAAAUUGUUUUUAGGGUUUUUUUUCUUUUGUUUGAGGGUAUUUCUUCUCUUCUCAAAACCAGCAAAAAUUGUACAUAAGAAAUUUUUUUAAAUGUUACAAAAUUGUAAAAAUAAAUAAAUGUGGAGUUGGGCAAUAUGUGGGGGAGGGAGGUGGGGGGAGCCUUAUGUUAUCCCCUCAUGGUUAGAGUUGCAUACAAGCUUUGGCAUCUCUAUUAAGGAAAAGGUUUAAUAUUUCCACCCACCCCCAAUUUUCCCCUCACAAACCCAUAACCUGCAUCACCAACUCUGAACCCCCCAACCCCUCCCCCAUCUACCGGCGGCACUGAACUUGCGUAUGUUAAUUCCCUUCCACCACCACCACCACCACCAUCCUCGGCGGUAAAAACUAUUUAUUGUAAAUAAUAAGGAUUUCUCAUAAAUUGUGUAUUGUCCAAAAUGA